AAAAAAAAAAAACAAAUGAAAUGAACAAGAUUAUUUUUUCUGUUAUCAACUAUAAAAAUGUUAACAACACUUGUUUUAAUCAUAUAAUAUUUUAAAUUUAGCUCAAAAGUGUAACUUUAGACCGACUAUAUUUUAAGCCAGAGUGACUAGAGAAAUAAGUGCUCUUUAUAAGAUAGUAAACUUCCGAUGGAGCGUGUUUUGAAAGCUGUUCCAGUGGAUUUGAGAGUUAAAAUGGAGGCAUUGGUGCAUGAUUUGACAUUAGCACUAGAAGAAAGCAGUAACACAUCAAACAUUAGACGACGUUGGGGUUUGAGAAGGCGAGCACGAUCUACGGGAAAUAUCCGUAAGUCAUCUCUGAAUACGAACAAACACUCAGAUGAUAGCUCAUCUUCUGCCUACGGUGCUCGUAUUCCAAAAGCUUCAUCAGUAUCAAAAUACCAAUCUGAUAGCGAUGAUACUAACAAAACUAAAAGAUUCGCACGAUUUUCAAAUCUUAACAAUAUAAGUAACAUUGAAAGUGAUUCAGUAAAUGAGAAUUUUGUACCGAGAACUAAUACAAAAAGAAAAAGGAAAUUCAAACGAAUGGCUAUUGAUUCUGAUUCAAAUCCAUCAACAUCACAAACAGCUAUUACAUUUAUAGCACAUUCUGUUGGCAAAAAAAAACGUGUUUUUCGUAAUAGCUGUGAAAAUAAAUAUGGUACUAUUUGGUGUGGUAAACGUAAAAGAUCAUGCCGUGAAAGAUCAAUUGAUUGUGAGAUGCUUUCACCAAAACAAUCACGUAAUUCAAAAUCUAAAAAUCGUGCUAAAAGUCAAAGUGAAGAUGCAAUGGAUUGUUCAAGAAUUUCAAGCUCAAGUAUUUCAUCGAGUGAUUCAGAAGCCGGAAUAAUUACAAAUGAUGAAGAUAGAGAAGGUGAUGAUGAGCAAUCAGAUUGGUUUGGUGAUUCAAAUUUAUGGGAUGAAGAUUGUACUGAUGAUAAGGCACCAUCUAAUCCAGCUUUCCAAUCUAUGCUUCAAAGAAAUUUUGAACAUUUAACAGAUGAAGCUAAGAGGAAUUACCGUCAAAGAAUUCAAUGGAUUCGAGAUGGUUUGAGUGGGCGUGAAAUUCGUGCUGGACGACGUCAUGUUGAUAAUAAGCCUGGUUAUUCUAUCAUAACUUCAGCUAAUGAAAAAGUAUCAAGGUUUCUUCAAGAUCCUUCUCAAAGUGAACUUAAAUUACAUCCAAUGCAUCAACCAGAGCGAGAAAAAUUACGAAGGCUGGCAAAUCUUUAUAGUCUUAAUUUGAAAGGUGAUUUAAAUUGUCCUAUUUUGUAUAAAACUCGACAUACAACUCAAGCAAUUUGUGUUGAUCAAGUUUCUUUCAAAAGAUUUUCUGAUUAUAAAAGACUGAGAAGAACUCCACCACAUUCACCAAAUUUUGAAUUAAGAAAAUCAAAUCAUGAAAUUCAAGCAUCAUGUACAAAUGAUCCUAAUCCAACAAUUUUGCCAUCACCAAAUUGAAUCAAUUCAGAUUCUCACAGAAUCAACAACUUAUUGGGGUCCUAAGAGAAUAAAAUAUGAUUUAUAGUUGAAAAAUUUUCAUUUUUAUUCGUAAAAAAUCGAUUGAAUAAUAAUUUUUUUACAUUAAAAUAACUAAUUGUAAAUGAUUUCGAAUUAAUCAAUAGAAUCAAUUUUUAUUUAUAUAUUUAUUUGAAAGAAAAUUUUAUUUGUAUAUUGCUAAAUAAUAACAGCCAAUAUUCAUUAAAAUAACUCAUAAAAAAAUUUUGUCAACCUAAGUUACUCAGUGAAAAUGAGUAAAUACUUUUAAUUACUUUUAAUUAAACUUGUUUGAUAAUUUUUCACAUAUAUCAAUUAUUCGUUGACUGAAAGUUACUUGCUGUCUAUCUUAAUUUAAUUAUUACGUCAAGAUAUUUACAAAUUAUUUCUAAUUACGGCAGAUGAUCUAUGCCCUGUAUUUUAGUGCUCACGAUCGGUUUCCACCUAUGGCUCGUACUAUGAUUUCUAGUCAUUGGCCAUCGUUAGAUCCCACACAUUUCCUUGAGUAACAUAGAUACUAUAUGGGUCAUUCCAUGCCAAAUCGACCACUUUUGAAUCCAACCCUUUGCAAUUUGACUGAAAAUAGUCAAAAUUGAUGAUUAACAUGAAAUUUUUGGCUCAAAUUUUUUUUUUCUUUUAUAAUACCUUGUACUGAUUUUCAGAAAUUCCGAAGCUUUCAAAACUAUAUAUUUUUAUUGCUUUUUUUUUUUUAAAUAUGAAUUUCUGAAUUUUGGUGCAAAAAAAUUUGUAAUAGUUAUACAAAUUAUUUUACAAAAAAAAAGAGAAAUCUCAUCUAAAACAGAUUCUUUGUAAAAAAUUGCGCUAUGUGCAUGUUCAAAAUUUGUCACAUAUUAAAUGGAACAUGAUUUAAAAAAAAAAAAAACGACAAUCACAUCAAGUAACUGGGUUAUUGUAGAGUUAAAGAAAAAAAUUUUUUUUUAAUUAUACCUUGUGGAGCUCGAAAACAUUAUUGUCAAUACGUUUUUGAGCUCUUCAAGCUCAAAAAUAGAAAUGCUGCACAUUCCAUUGCGAAAAUUCAAGUAAUAAACUAUAACAAAAACAAAUAUUGGAGUAAAUUGUUUUUUGUUUUUAUUUAUAUCAACAAUAUUUUCAGAAAUAAUGAUCCGAUUUUGACGUUCAAAAAGCAUUUGACGCAGUUUUUUGACUUCUAACAUUAAUUUUAAAACAUUUGAUAACUAAUAUUAUGAGUUAUUCAGAAUAAAUGAUGUAAAUUGUUAUUUUUCUUAUUGUUAAUCACCAAUAUCUUUUAAAAUAAUGAAUUGAUUUUGACGUUCAAGGUGACAUUCGACGCAGCUUUUCAAUCAUUAACGUUCAAAAAAACACCGUCGUCAAUUAGUUCAUCUAUUUAGAUUUUAUUAGAAAAAAAAAAACACUUUUUCGCAAUUCUUUUGACAGCUGUUUCUCUUGAACGUAUUUACCGAUUUUGAUAGUUGAGGCAGCAUUCGAAGCGGCUUAUAAAGUUUUAGAGCUGAUUAGAUUUGGGAAUUGAUCCAUCAAGUACAUUACAAGUUAUAAAAAAAAAAAAACAAUUUUGAAAAAAUUUUAUUUUUGAAAUAUCUCUGAACGUACCUUACCGAUUAUACUCAAUUUCUCAAAAAGUGUUGGAAUUAAUGAGCCGCUUCGAACGCGACAUCAAAAAGCCAAAUCGGUUCAUCCGUUCAAAAGUUACAGAAUAUUUACAUACAUGCAUACGUACGUGCAUACACACAUACAUCAUCUCGAAAUUAGGCAGAAUAGCUUCUUAGAAUCUCAAAACGUCAAGAUUUGGUAGAAAAUCGAUUUUCGAAAAUCGGACCGAAACCAAUAACUUACCUUUUUUUUUUAAUAUUUUCAAUUUUUUUAUUCAUUCAAAAAUCAAAUUAUUAAUUAAUUAAUAUCAUGGAUCUUUGAUGUCAUUUUUAUUGACCAGUUGUCUAAUUGCAUUCCAAUCGAUAAAUUCUUCAUGUUUGUCAUAUAAUUUAGGCUGCUUAGGGAUUGAUCGUGAAAGUUUUUAGAAUUGGAAUUACAAAUGCUAGAAAUAAAUUCACUUCUAAAAUACAAGUGAUAAAUAUUAACUGUUGACAUAAUUAAAGUCCCAGUAUCAUACAUUCAAAAAAUUAUGUCUCAUUUAGUUUCUUUUUUAAAUAUUUUGAUUCAUACUAAAUCCAGCGAUUUUUUUUAUUAUUAAAAUUUUAUUUUUUUUUUUUAUAUGAAGUGUUGACUUAAUUCAAAUAAGCACCUUAAUUAAACGUUUCAGUUUAAGUGUCUCGGUUGUUGCAAUUUCAAAAUUAUUCAAGUCAUUGAAGUAUUGUAAAAUUAUAUUUUUACAUUCUUUCAUUAACUUAAAAAAAAAAUAUUAUCAAUACUUAAAAUAAUGAAUAGGUCUCU